AUGAGUUUGGAUAUGGGAACUUCUACAGUACCGAAACAGGCCAUGUUUUCUAUUAUAGGUGCAUCCAAAGAGCAUAACUGUGCUCGGCAGUAUUUUGCAUUAUCGAAGACCCUCUUCAACUUAAGGUCCAAGAUGCAAUGUUAUCUUGUAACAUCAUGUAGAGCAUCAUCUGUUAUUCGAAUUGCCUGCGAAGGACUUUAUAAGAAUAGAGCAAGUGACUAUUCAAACCGUAAAAGUGCUGUCAUCGUCGGGAUGAGUCAAAAUAAUCCUCAAUUAUGGAGUCGGUUUUCUACUUUAGUUGAGGAUAGCGAUCACACAGGAGCUUCCAUUUAUGAUAUUCCUAUGACUGAAGACACCAAUACAUUAUCACCCUACCAUGAUUAUUACUAUUUGUUGGAUGGAAAUAAAACUAGUGAUGUUUAUAGCCUCCGAUUACGAUUAGAGAGACAGAUUUGUACAUCUAGCGCUUCAAUGAGUGAUAUUUUGAGAAUGUACUUUUUGGUAGGAGGCGAUUUCGAUGAUUUGGAAUACGUCGAUUGUGUCAUUAACGCUGGCUAUCCAGUCAUGAUUAUUGCUGGCACAAGGGGUGCAGCAGAUAUUUUAACGAAUCUUUUGGAAGGAAGAUCCGAUCUUAAAUUAAGUCAAAUCAUAUACAAUAUUGGCAGCAAACGUAACCAUGUUUAUAUUCAUGAAAGUAGACAUGGCGAGGCUUUUAAUGACAAAAUUUUCGAAUUUGUUAAAUCAGUGAACAGUAAGACGCUAAAUGAUGAGUAUAGAGUAAGAUUAUUUUGGAGCAAUGUUGAUGAUGAAAAGCUAACUCAGGAUUUAAUUUUUACAAUUGAGAAUUAUCAGAAAGAAAAUAUCUCUGUCGAAUAUUUACUUAAAUGCGGAUUUUUGAAAGGCUCAGGACAAGUCACAUUGCUUCUUGCCAAUAGUAAUUUCAUGAGCUACGCGGAUAUUUUUAACAGAGCUCUAGAGUGGGAAGCAAUGAAACCAACGCAGGAAAUAUUAUCCGCUUUGGAUUGGAUAUUUGAAAAAGGUGAAGAUGAACUUUCCCAAAGUUUAACUGUAAAUGCGUUGGAUAAUAUGUACAGGUUCUCGAGAUCGAAAAAUAAGGCUAUGCAGGUAGGAAGUUUAACUGAAGCUGGCCAAAUGGUUGAAAAGACUAUGGGGUACGGCUAUGCAAAUCCAUACGACGAAAUAGAAUCUAAAGCCAAUGUAAUGAGUGACAUGGACGACGUACAUGUGCAGGAGCCAUUCCGAGAUUUGUUCAUAUGGGCCUUAUUUUCUUUACGACUUCGGAUAGCAUUACUGAUAUGGAAAAGACUUAGGCAUCCUACGUCCGCAGCGCUAGUUGCAUACAAAAUUUUAAGCAAUCAAGCAGAUGAAACAUAUAAUCAAGAAGAAAAAGAAAUGUAUCAGUCUUAUGCAAAUAAAUUUAUGGAUCUUGCCUGUGAAAUUGCUAAUAAGGUACAUUAUCGCGAUCGCCGUAAAUGUCGCUUCAUGAUGCUGCAAGAGGUUGUGGAAUGGGGCAAAGUAUCUACGUUUUCUAUCAUUGCCUUGCAUAAUAUGCCAGAAAUCAUACAAAGUGACGGUUAUAUUAAUGCCCUUGAGGCAGCCUGGGGUCGCAAUAUCGACAUUGAUAUACCAAAUUCGGUGCUUCUAACAAGUUGUAUGCUGCCAAUACCUCUUGCCUCCUGGUAUAUCUUCAAUGACCAAAAUCGAUAUUGGAAAAUAGCUAGGGGUCCUUAUCAGUCAGUUGACCGUAGGCUGCUAUCUAGACUCUACGAGCUUUAUGAUACACCUUUGGUUAAAUUUCGCUUAACCUUCUUGGUUUAUGUGGGCUUCACGGUUACCUACGCGGUAUUCCUCAUUAGAUACUUUUAUGAUCGGCUAUCUCCAUUUGAAAUAGUUAUCGCUGCUUGGUUAAUAGGGAGUUACAUUGAGGACAUUCUAAUGCUAUGGGAUCUAUUCUCUUUCUUUACCAUCCUCUUUGUUUUCUUGAUAUCAUACGGUAUAGCAUCUCAUGCUAUCUUGUAUCCUAAUGGAAGUAAACCAACACAAGCACUGUCAGAUAUACUUCUCAAGCCAUUUUAUGCCCUCUUUGGUGAAUUAUCCGUUGAUGAAACACUAAAGUACGUAAAAUGUCCAUCGGAUGCGCCAGUAAAUUUUAAUUUAUCCGCUAAUCCGCUUUCCAGCGUUUAUGGAAACGGAACGAGCUCUACUUCGUAUACUUUUUACAACUGUAUGGCGGUGGAAAUUACUGUUAACAUUCUCCUGGCUUUCUAUUUGGUCAUUGCUGUUAUUCUUCUUCUUAAUCUAUUAAUUGCUAUUAUGAACAAGAGCUAUGACAAACUAGAAGAAGAAGCCAAAUUAUUAUGGGCUAGCCAAAUGACCGGUUUAGUUCUUGAGUAUACUUAUCGUAGCCCGAUUGUCUCUCCAUUCAGUAUUCUCCUCCUGCCAAUGGCUCUAGUUUACGCGACCAUAACUGGAAAGUGUAUCGAUGUCCGUAUUGGAGGCAAGCGAAAUAAUUUUUCCGCACCACUUAAAUCAACUAGAGAUAUGACAAGUAUAGAACAUUGCCUAGGUUCCAUUGAAAAAGAAAUUCAGAGUGAUAUUAUAGGAGACUCAUUAGAUUUUAUUGAAUUGACCAAAGCUGACAGGGAUGAUCGCCAAGAUGAAGAAAUUAGGCAGUUAAAGGAAGAACUUAGUAAUAUCCGUACAAGCCUGAGCGAUAUUAAGGAAUUACUUCAGUCUCAAUCAAGCCUUCCUAUAAAUUCUGAACAAGAAAAAUUUUAA